AUGGCCGAGUACUUCGACGACGGAAACCCGCGACUUACUGCAGUCCGGGUGCCGACACGUCACGACAAAUUCAGUCUGUACGCCCAGGACACGUUGGUCGCAACGCCUGAGAAUGUGAGCUACCUCCAGCACCAACUCGGCGGCGGUAGCUUUCCUGCUGCACGCGAAUCGUUCGAUAUCUCGACCGACCCGCUCCAAGCGGACAAAGCCACGGAGAUUCGGCUCUUUAGCUUCGCCCGGCCUCACAUGCGAGCCUUCCACUACUCGUGGAUCUCCUUCUUCAUUGCCUUCUUCGGCUGGUUCUCCAUCCCACCGCUCAUGCCCACGAUCAAGACGCAACUCAAGCUCACGGAAGACCAAAUCGCCAACACCAACAUCGCUGCGUUGUCCAGUACCAUCGUCGGCCGCCUCAUUGUCGGGCCGCUGUGCGAUCGCUAUGGCGCUCGGAGUGUGCAAGCGGUGCUUCUAGUGGUGGGCGCGAUCCCAGUAGCCUCCACAGCACUCGCUAUCGACUACUCGGGGUUCAUGCUCGUGCGCUUCUUCAUUGGGCUGGUCGGGUGCACAUUCGUGGCCACUGCGUACUGGACGUCGACCAUGUUCUCGAACGAGGUAGUCGGAAGCGCCAACGCUAUUGCAGCUGGAUGGGGGAACCUCGGCGCGGGGGUCACGUACCUGAUCACCCCGGUGAUCUUCGACUUGAUCACGCUCAACGACAAGAUCUCGGACAACUACGGCUGGCGCCUCACCCUGCUGUUCCCGGCCCUCAUGAUGGUGCUCAUCGGAAUCUGCACCUACCUCUUCUCGGACGACUGUCCCCGCGGAAACUACGUGGACCUGAAGAAGAACCACGCGAUGGCCAACCGUCCACACCGAGACCUGUACGUCGACUUCAUGGCGGUAGCGAGGCUCCCUGUCACGUGGAUCCUCGCGUUUCAGUGCUGCUUCGGCGUCGAGAUCCAAGUGCACAACGUGCUCAGCCUCUAUUACUACGACGACUUCAAGCGGUCGCAGUGUGACCCGUCGACGACCGAGGACGCGUGUCGGCUGCUCUCUCAGACGAAAGCCAGCCUCAUCUCGUCCUGCUUCAGCUUGAUGUGCAUCUUCGCGCGGGCGGUGGGCGGCUACUUGUCCGACGUCGCCAACCGCCACUUCGACAUGAAAGGUCGAAUCGCAGUUCAGUUCGCUAUGCUCACAGGCGAGGCGGUGUUUCUCUUUAUCUUCAGCCAGGUCCGGGUGUUGGGGGGGAGCAUCCCCCUCCUGGUCGCGUUCGGCAUCUUCGUCCAAGCGGGCACGGGCAGCACCUACGGCAUUGUGCCCUACGUCUCUCCAAGACAUACUGGAGCGACAUCGGGUAUUGUCGGUGCCGGGGGCAACAUGGGGGGCUUGGCCUGGGGGUUCCUCUUCAAAGCAGUCGGGAGUCGAGCCCAAUCGUUCCAGUACCUGAGCUUCUUCAUCGCUGGAGCUGCGCUCACGUGCGGCGGCAUGAAUAUUGAGGGCGAGAGCAACUUGUGGACUCGUCAAGUUCGUAGUUAG